AAAUGAAGACAACUCUUCUCGCUUUUGUAGCCAUUCUUGGCAUGUGCUCGGCAACUGUGGUUCAGCAUAAAUUGAUCUAUCGGGAAUCGCCAAAGAUGCAAAUGAUGAGGCGAGGAGAAUGGGGAGCAUACGUUCAACACAAGGCUGCCCUACGUGACGCCAAUCCAGCUGUGUUCGCCAGUGCUCCACAAAAUGUCAAUGAUUUUGGAGAUGUUGAAUACCUAGGAAAUAUCACGAUUGGAACUCCUCCACAACAGUUUAUUGUCGUCUUGGAUACUGGUUCUGCGAAUCUCUGGGUUCCAGGAAGUAACUGCGAUGGAACAUGCAAAGGAAAGAGCGAGUUUGACUCAUCUAAAUCUACAACAUUCAAGAAAAACGGACAAUCAUGGCAAAUUCAAUACGAAUCUGGAAGCGCUAAGGGAAUCAUGGGAGUAGAUACUGUUGCUUUUGGUGGUGCUUCAGAACAACAACUUCUUGUCCCAUCUACCACUUUCGGUAUUGCCUCUCACAUUUCGUCUAACUUUAAGAAUGACGCUGCUGAAGGAAUUCUCGGGCUUGCCUUCACAUCUCUUGCAGUCGACGGAGUUACCCCACCACUGAUCAACGCCAUCAACAAGAAAAUUCUCGAUCAACCUCUGUUCACAGUCUUUUUAGAACAUAAGGGAACGGCAAAGAAUGUUGGAGGAGGUGUCUUCACCUACGGAGCCGUUGACACUACCAACUGCGGACCAGUGAUUGCCUAUCAACCACUUUCAUCUGCCACGUAUUAUCAGUUUGUUGCUGAUGGAUUUAAGCUCGGAUCAUACUCAAACAAUAAGAAAUCUCAAGUGAUUUCCGACACUGGAAGUUCGCUCAUCGGAGGACCAAGUGCUGUGAUAAAUGGCUUCGCUCAAGCUUUGGGAGCAAAAUACCACAGCGAUGAUGAUGCUUACUACCUCCCAUGCUCAACAUCUAAGGGAACUUUGGACAUUACUAUCGGAGGAAAUGUGUAUUCUAUUGAACCUGUCAACUAUAUCCUUGAUGUUGGAAUGGGUGACACUUGUGUCUUUGCUGCUUUCUCAUUCGAUUUCGGAGGAUUCGGACCAUCAUGGAUUUUCGGAGAUCCUUUCAUCCGUCAAUACUGCAACAUCUAUGACAUCGGACAACAGCGCAUUGGUUUUGCCAAGUCUCUCCAGCCUUCUUCAAAAUAAACUCUAUGCAAUGCGAUUGUGAGAAAUGAAAAUGAAUACUUCAAUUUA